GGCGUCUCCACUCAAGAAGGGUUCAGCUGCGGCGGCUCAGCAGCAGCAAACGCAGUUGGCUUCUAAGCCUGUUCCUAUCGCUCAGGCUGAAUAUCAAUAUAUAAAUAGUGUUACUGGCUUACUGCUGAACACAGUUGGUGCAGUUCUCUUGAUUCAACACAACUGCAGAGAGAAAGAGAAGAUGGAACUGCUUUGGUUGGAGCUGGCGUGCUUGGAUUCCCCUAUGCCAAUGUCUCAACUUGGAUGGGGUCCUGGCAUAACAGUCUUGGUGCUUUCAUGGAUAUGCACGUUAUACACGGCAUGGCAGAUGAUUGAGAUGCACGAGGCUGAGUCUGGGAAGAGGUUUGAUAGGUACCAUGAAUUAGGGCAAUAUGCCUUCGGGGAGAAGUUAGGAUUAUGGAUUGUGGUGCCUCAAACACUCAUAGUGGAUAUUGGUACGGAUAUCAUUUACAUGAUUACUGGUGGAAAUUCCUUGAAGAAGGCCCAUCAGAUCCUUUGCAAAGACUGUAAACCAAUUAGGACCACUUACUUCAUUAUGAUCUUUGCAAGCCUUCAGUUUUUACUCUCGCAUCUUCCCAGUUUCAAUUCCAUCAUUGGUGUAUCUAUUUCUGCAGCCGUCAUGUCCAUCUGCUACUCAACGAUUGCAUGGAUAAGUUCGGCUCAUAAAGGUGCCUUACCAGAUGUGAAAUAUGAUGGAAGAUCUUCAACUACGACGGGAAAAGUUUUUGACUUCUAUACCGGUUUGGGGACCAUAGCAUUUGGGUAUGCUGCACAUAAUGUGUUACUUGAGAUCCAAGCAACAGUUCCUUCGACGCCGGAGGAACCUUCAAAGAAGGCCAUGUGGAAGGGAAUGAUUGUUGCUUACAUUGUUGUGGGUUUGUGCUACUUCCCUGUUGCAAUCGUUGGCUACUGGGCUUUUGGAAACUCUGUUACUGAUAACAUCCUCAUGUCUCUCGAUAAACCCCACUGGCUCACCGCUGUUGCUAAUAUAUUUGUCGUUAUUCAUGUCACCGGAAGUUAUCAGGUGUUUGCUGUUCCGGUGUUUGACAUGAUGGAAUCACUCAUGGUACGGAAAAUGAAUUUCAAGCCAACUUGGUACCUUCGUUUCAUUUCCCGCAAUAUUUAUGUUGCACUUACUAUGCUAGUUGCAAUUAUAUUUCCAUUUUUUGGUGGGCUCCUUAGCUUCUUAGGAGGACUUGUCUUUGCUCCAACCACAUACUUCCUCCCUUGCAUAAUGUGGUUAGUAGUCUAUAAACCAAAGAGAUUUAGCGGAUCCUGGUGUGCAAAUUGGUUUUGCAUCGUAUUUGGAGUAUUAUUGAUGGUUUUAGGCUCGAUUGGCUCAAUGAGGGAAAUCAUACUGCAAGCUAAGGACUACAAAUUUUUUUCUUGAUCUUUUUUUUUUUGGCACAAAGGAGGUUGCGUCAACGAUGAUGUUACUCGGGAUAUUAUUCAUCACAUUUAU